UCACGCAAAUUGGAGGUUGUCAAGUUAUACAAGUCUUCUUAGUUGUCUGCACAUAAAAACUUUGUGAUCAAACAAACUAGACAUUGCCUUUACCGAGAGAACGCAACCAUCAACAGAAGAAAGAAAGACAAAUUAGGCACUUAGGAGGGUACAAUCUUACUCUUAUCAUCACAAAGUUUUAGCUUGUUUCUGCGUAAAAUCUCACCUUUGGCCAUGAUUGCAAAACACACUCAACAUCAAUAAAAAAAAAUAUAAAAAAGAACAUAUGCCGAUACCACGAAGAGUUGCAUAAAGCAUUUAUGUUGAUCAAAACUGAUUGAACAUUGGAAAUAUUUUCAAACGUCCUCAUUGGCUGCUUAAAUUAAAUGAUUAUAAGCAAAAAUAUCAAAGCAAACUACUAAGGAAACCCAGUCGAAGAACUUCACAUGGAGACUACAUUGCUUAGGUCUUUCUCAUUUCUCGCUGCAGAAUUAUCUCCAAUCUUCCUCACCAAUUUCUUAGCUACAACUGUUUUGGUCAUUGCCGCUGCUGUCUAUUUUCAUUUCAGAUCCAAGGGUAUAUACCUUAUAGACUUCACCUGCUAUCUGCCUCCUGAUAGCUUGCGCGUUCCAACAUCGAAUUUCAUCGAGCACAUUGAAAUAUCUGGAAUGCAUGACAGAGAAAGUGUUGAUUUUCAAACGAAGGUGUUGGAAAGAUCAGGAAUUGGAGCAGAGAGUUGCAUGCCUAUUACAGUGCAUGAGAUCCCACCUUAUUCCUCUUUAAAAGCUACUAGAAAUGAAACUGAAACGGUUCUCUUCACUAUUGUCAAAGACCUCCUUUCCAAGCACAAAAUAAAUCCAAAAAGUAUCGACAUUCUUGUGUCAAACUGUAGCCUUUUCUCCCCCACACCGUCCAUUACAUCUAUGGUCAUAAACAAGUUUGGAUUCCGAAGCAACAUAAAGAGCAUCAACCUCAGUGGAAUGGGUUGCAGUGCCGGAAUCUUGUCGAUAAGUUUGGCGAAAGAUCUUUUAAAAGUUCACAAGAACUGCUUGGCCUUAGUUCUCAGCAUGGAAGCUGUAACUCCCAAUGGCUAUGGGGGUAGAAUGAAAUCCAUGCUUCUUCCCAACAUUUUGUUUCGGAUGGGAGGAGCUGCUAUCCUAUUAUCGAACAGGAAGCAAGAUAAGCGAAUAGCUAAGUAUGAGCUCCAGCAUCUUGUCCGAACCCACAUUGGUUCAGAUGAUGAGGCAUACCAAUCUGUUUUCCAGCAGCCUGAUGAAGCAGGGCAUGUUGGGGUCUCGUUAUCACGAGCACUUUUACGUGUGGCAACAAAGGCUCUAAGAAGUAACAUGUCAGAGUUGGGGCCACUUGUGCUACCAUAUUCAGUGCAGCUCCGAUACGCAUGGUCAGUGAUAUGCAUGAAACUUUGGUUUCUACCAAGCAAAAAGGGAAUUUAUGUGCCGAAUUUCAAGAAGGCGCUUGAGCAUUUCUGUAUACAUGCUGGUGGAAGGGCAGUGAUUGAUGGCAUAGAAGACAGUCUGAAGCUGCACAAGGAGGAUGGAGAAGCUUCAAGGAUGACAUUACACAGAUUUGGCAAUACUUCAUCUUCUUCAGUUUGGUAUGAGCUCUGCUAUUUGGAGGCAAAAGGAAGGUUGAAGAAAGGAAACCGAGUUUGGCAAAUAGCCUUUGGAAGUGGUUUCAAGUGUAACAGCGCAAUUUGGAAGUGCAUUUCAGAUAUUGAUCCAACAAAAAGAAAUGCAUGGUCUGAUUGCAUCCAUUUCUAUCCUACUCAGAAUGACACCCUUAACUAAGAUUUUCUGAAUUGCUGUUGUAAUUUUAUUUAACCUUUGUUGUAUUGUAUCCAUUU